ACGUUGGGCUGGGUUGCAGCAAAAAUAGCAAAGAAUGUCGAAAUUUCCAUCGGACAUUCACACACACGUCACCCAGGUAACGGGUUGGAAGCGUGGGAAAUGUGGCUGAAGUAGUAAUCUAGGCCUAUAAACGUUAACCACGUUGUCAAACUCUAAAUCCGUCAUAAGUCACAAUCACACAGAGUACAGACUGUCUUCCUCCAUGGUCUCAGCAAUGUAAUGAGUAAAAGUUUUGUCAGCACUUUCCAAUAAAGUUUUAACAUUGGAGACGAUACACCCAGUGAGUGCAAACCAUGAAGAUGUCAAUUUGCUGGUGUUGCGUCUUGUUUCUGAUCAGCAUUUUUGUUGGAAAUGUACAGGCAGAAACUUGUUCACUAGCCUCCUAUUACAGCAGUCACAUGGUAUUGCAGCAACAGCCGCAGAAUGCAAUUCUGUGGGGUUAUACUGAUGAUCAGGCUGCAGUGCAAGUCAGAGUUCAAGACAAGAUGUACAAAGCCCAAACUGGGUUCAAGCCAUUUAGUACAACUGCAAUUUGGAAAGUGAAGUUAGAUCCAAUGCCUGCAGGUGGGCCUUACAACAUCACCGUCUUCUGUCAGGCAUUUACUGUGGUCAACACAAUCUACCUAGUGGACGUCAUGUUUGGAGAUGUGUGGGUUUGUAGCGGACAGAGCAACAUGGCAUUUACUGUCAAACAGGCUUUUAAUGGUUCCAAAGAGCUGAUAGAUUCGGUAACUUAUCCUAACAUCAGACUGUUGGCAGUGGUUAAUGUAACUUCAGCGACACCGGAAUAUGAUUUCAAUGGUGGCUUGCACGGACCAUGGUCUAAGCCUAACUCAGACAGUCUUGGCGGCAAGGCUCCUACAUAUACAUACUUCUCCGCCUUAUGUUGGUUCUUUGGACGUGAUUUGUAUGACAGCCUUCAAUAUCCAAUUGGACUUAUCUCAAGUAACUGGGGAAGCACCCCCAUUGAAGUUUGGUCCGCACCUAAUGUUCUUCAGCACUGCAAUGCUACAGAGAGCAUUGAAGGCCUGCUUGAGAUAGACGAGGAACUAGAAAGCUUGCUAGGUCGAGAUCCAAAAAUACCAACAUGUCUGUGGAACUCCAUGAUUCAUCCAAUGUUAAACUUCACAAUUAAAGGUGUAAUCUGGUAUCAAGGUGAAGCCAACACCGGUGACCCUGCUCCCUAUAAGUGUUUAUUCCAUGCUAUGAUUGAAGAUUGGCGCUUAAAGUGGAAUGAAGGCACAGAUGGGAGUACAGAUCCACAGUUCCCUUUUGGAUUCAUGCAGCUUAGCACUUCAAACUAUCCUUACCCAGAAACAGUUGGUCCAUACCCUACCCUAAGAUGGCAUCAGACGUACGACUACGGUUACGUUCCUAAUCCCGUCAUGAAAAACGUCUUCAUGGCGGUCGGUAUCGACCUUGUAGAUGAGACCUCACCGUAUGGACCGAUUCACCCACGAGAUAAGCAGGAAAUGGGCACCAGACUGUCCUUAGCUGGUCGGGCAGUCGUCUACGGUCAGAAUGUUACCUCAUCUGGACCCUUCCCUUCUGAAUUCACAGUCGAUCCUGAAACAUUGACUGUUCUUAUAAAAUAUGACAACGGAAAUGCCAACAUCAGGAUCGUCGGAAAGAUUGGUUUUGAGAUUUGCUGUUCGGGUAACGCAGUUUGUCAAUCUAAUGAUACGUCAUGGGUACCAGCCGAGGUAAUCAGUCAGCCGACCCCCUCAUCUCUGAUCGUGUCGUAUUAUUGCUAUAAGAAACAAGCAGUGUCUAUCAGGUAUCUUUGGAGGGAUAUGCCAUGUACAUUUAAAGGAUGUCCAGUGUACAGUGUGGAGAAUAAUUUGCCUGGUGCUCCUUUUGUUGCAACUUUGCAAAUGAUCGGAGGGGGCAGCUUCACAUACACACUGACCUUUCCAAAGAUUUUGAUCGGGCUGACCGUAACCUUCUUCUUUAUUUCUUUAGUAGAAGGGAACAAUGAGUAGCUGUUGAUGGGGAAUGCUCUAACUGGUAUCCAGUUUAUUCAGGUGUACCUCAAGGUUCUGUACUCAGUCCGAUCAUAUUUCCAUUGUUUAUGAAAUUUUACUGUGCAAUUUUUUGUUAUGGGCAGUAUUUGGGAUAAUUUCAUAGCGCUGCUUAGCGGCAAUCAAAUUGUUGUGCUUACUUAAUAUAGUAAGCACAAAACGGUCAUCAAGGAGUUCUAUGAUAUUGGGCCUUGACGUUUACACUUGAACAAUUUUACAUGAGUGCCAAUGACUAAACAACAUUGACAAAGAAAAUUAUUUAAAUGAUUUAUUUAUUAUCAUUUAUCCGCCUGUACCCGUUUGUUGAAAUUUUGCUGUUUUGAUUGUAGCUGGGGUAACCUGAAAUAUAUGACCUGAAAUGUAAUGUAAGCUCAAGAAUCAUUUUGAUGUCUUGGCUUCCUUUUUAAAGUCUCUCCUUAAUGUCUUUCUGUGUUCCUUUUUCUUUUUCUGCGUGUUUGGGCCUUUCAUUGUUGUUGUAUUUUUCUGCCCUUUCUUGCCUUAAUAUUUUCCUGGCUUUUCUGGGAUUUGGGAGACAUACGCCAUUUGACAACAAUUAUUAUUAUUUAUUGUUUUACUUUUAUGCCCUCCUGGGCAGCUGGGCAUCCCACUGUUGGUUAACUUAAGUUGUUAAUAUAUUUUUAAUGUGUGUACAUGUACUUGUGAAUAUUUUGCCCGAAUAAAUAUUAUUAUUAAAUUAUCAUUAAUAUUUUCAUGUAAGAUUCUGCUUCACAAACACAUCUUAUAUAGCAGCUUUCCUUUUUUACAAGAACAGGAAUAUUUUUUUUACUUUAAUAACGUUUAUUUUAAGUCCAGUUUUAAAUUCUGAUUGUUCCAGUUUAAGAGUUUCUUGAGGCUGUUGGUCCAUUAAGCCAAUUGCGUCUUAGAUUUGAAACUUGUCUUGUACAAUGACGUGCUUGAUCUCAAGUUACCAUAUAAAUUUGAACUCAUUAGACGAUAGAGACAGUUGCUAUACGUCACAUGAUUCCGGGCAAGCUUUUGCAUGGUUACGUAAGACACCCAUGCACAACUUUAGAAUGAAUGUAUGGCACAAUGAUACCAGGGUCUGCUCAUCUGGAGGUUGCUAUGCAAAAGCUUGCCCCGAACCGGUUGACAUAGCAACUGACUGUCCUCAUAGUCUGAGGAAUUCAAAUGUAAGCAGUAACUUGCGAUCAAGCAAUUCAUCCAGACAUUAAUUCAAAUCUAACUCACAAUUGGUUGUUAUGUUACUAGCUGUAAUCUUGGUUAGAUUCCAAUGGGAGUGGGGUUAAAGCGAAAGAAUUCUUUGAAAUCAUUUGGGUAAAUAAUCAUCUUGCGUAGAUGGAAGAGGAACACUUCAGCUUUGUAUUGAUAAUAUAAUAUUUACAAUUAAGAGAGUAAUAAUAAUAACGAUAUACUUAAUGAUUACAAAAGGGUUUUCUAACUUUGUGUGAGCAGUUUAGAUACGGAAGUGACUUAAAUGUGCAGUACUAACAUGUUGAAACAUGGUGUUAAUUGAUGGUGUGUUUUAAAAAUGUGAAUUCUUUUAGAUUGUUAUUCUUGAGCUUUAAUAAUCAUCUUGCCAUUUUUAAAUUGAGCAAUGAAUUGGUGAGGAAGUGACUUAUAUUUGCAGUACUGAGAUGUUGUAUUAAAAAAAAAUUGUGCGUGUUAGUCUUCUGCUUUAAAUCGUAUUGCCAUUUUUAAAUUGAGCAAUGAAUUGGUGCGGAAGUGACUUAUAUUUGCAGUACUAGAAUGUUGAAACAUAGUGUUAAUUUUUUUUUAAUUUGAAUUCUUUAUGGACGUUAGUCAUUAGCUUUUAGUGUAGAAUUUCCCUGGGGAAUAGCCCUUGUCAUUUAAUGAAUUACAUUUUAUACGAUGAAAUAGUAAACAGUACUUAUGAAGUGCACAGUAACGUAUCUAAAAACAACAAAAUGCCAUUCAAGCCAAAGUUAAAGUCACAAGUUUAGAAUUUACAAUUCAAUGACAAAUUAUGUAAUUGGGUGCUUGUCAGUAGAGUUACUGUGUAUAUUUUGUUUUUGAAUUUAAAUAGAAGUAUUAAUCAAUUUUAACAACUAUUGAGAGUAAGUUGGCAAGUCUAACUCAACUUAAUGUUGUCUUUUAUGUUUUUGUUUAACCUCAGGAGUAACAGGGGCACUUAGAUUUUGGACAACAUAUUGUAAAUUAUUUUGAAUUUCUUAAAAAUACAUCCGGGGGCACUGCUGGUGGUUAAACCUGCCUCUGUGUUUCAAUGAAAUAUUUUGAAUCAUAUGGGUGUAAGCAAAAACAAUGAUAACAUUUUGACCAUUAAGACAUUAAUAAAAAUAUUGCAUCAGUCUUGCUUGUGACAAAACAAUUUUGAUUUAUCACAAUAAUUUUUAUACACAAAUGCAGGACAACACUUGGUUAUGUGUAAAUCUUUGUUGCUGUUGUUUAAAUUAAAAGUGGUUGAUUUUGACAGAUACAAAUCAUUAGGCCUUCAUUAAAUUAUUUGAAAAUAAUUUUUUUUAUUUAUGUUUACAAGCUUGUAAUCUGUAUAAAUGUGACGUGAUAAUUGAAAAUAAAAUAAUAUCUAAGUAAAAUAUGCCAGGCCCGAAGGAAGUAUUGCUUACCAUUAUUAUUAUUAUUAUUACAGUUUAUUAUUAAUUGUUUACUGCCAAUGAAAAAUUUUGGUGGGUGCACGUGCAUCACCAAUAAAAUUGCAAACAUUCAUGCGCGGAACUGAUUAUCAUAAUCUUCAGGCCCUCAAAAUGUACUAUCCUAUAUGAAAAUGUUUUUGUUGUAAUGUAGCCCUGUUAGACCAACUUGGGUUAGGGGUAAUGAAACUUACAGAUUGUGUAAACAUGGCAAGUAUAACCACAACCUGGGGGUUCUGUGAUUCCACUUUUGAGAAUACUUUAUAAAUUUGCGCUUUAAAGUUUGCUCAUAUUUGGCUUGGGAACUGGAGAAGUGUUUAUGAACACUAAAAACAAGUCAAUUUGGGGAAAAGAAUGCUUUCAGGGUUUUUUUCUGGCUUAUUAGACAAAAUUCCAAAAAGCAUUGUAAAACGAAAUUGAAAGAAAUCUGAAUUUUAGUCGUACGAAAACAUGUUUGCUUGGUUGUCUCAAGAGGCUGAGAGACAAAAAUAUCUUUUUUUUUUUAGUAUUUCUUUUUGUGUGCACUGGUUGCUAUUGAGUUUAUUUAGUGGUGCACCUGUUUGGCGCCCUCUAGUAUCUAGAUAAAACUUUACAAUAGCAGUAUCACAUGACACUUUAUUGCAUUCUUUGAAAUUCAACUCAAAUAGCCCUAGGAAGUUUAUUACAUGAUUUAGUUUAUCCUGCAGCUCUUUUUCGAUAAAAAUUACAACAAAACAGCUCAAGGCCCAAUUUAUAUUGGGCUGCUUUAUUCUGCUUAGCACAAAUGCAGCAGGAUACCUGAGUCAACUCAUAAAAGUUGGAGAUUGAGCGAAAUGUGGUAGGCCUUAGCAUAAUUUGAAUGUUCUUAGCUCCUUUCUGUGUGGAGUCUUAUAGUUUCUAGAAGUACUUUUUCUGUUUCUGCAGCUCUAAGAAAUUGGGCACAGGCCUCGUGCCAAACAUGUAACAAUUACAUGAAGUAACAUUGUUACAGUACACCAUUGUCGAUUGACGCAAGCAUACUGCAUUGUGGCUGUGCAAAGUGCAACUAUGAACACAUUCUUCCUCCAUGUAAUAAGUAAGGGUGUUCCAAUUGAACUUGACCAACUAAAGUGCAGAAAACCCCCAAACACACAAAUCUUUUCACAGAAGAAAACAAGCCACUUUCAAAGCAGGUUCUUUUGUGUCGUGACCCGCGUCGGUCUACGGCUUCUCAACGCUGCUGAAAUAAAAAGUGAGGGCGUGUGUGUGCACUGUGUGUAGUGAUUGGAAGGUCGAGUUGACUAAUUACACAUUCCAAAAAGAGAUGACUUCAAAACGUUCUGUCUCGGCAGCAUUUAAUAGUCAAACUCACCCCCUAAAAACAAUACAUUACACCGAACAAAACAAUACAUUUCUUUUAACAAUAACGUGUAGCUUACCGAAGGUAUUUUGAGGAGAACUGGGAAUGCAGGACGAGCCGAUAUAAGUUUUCAGAACUGAAAUUUCGCGCACGUGCACGUCACAAUGUUAUUAUACGGUGGCCCUGAAGUGACACUCUCGCAACUCACAAAUAAUUAUAGGCUCCUAUGCAUUAGCUUUGUUUUAUUGUGUACAUGUUGCCGUGAUUAAUAUUAUUUACACUCACAUUGCAAAUUUACAUGAAAACAAAAAUACUCUCGCAAUUUUUAAUGGGCUAUUGUCAAAAAAUUGUGAUUUUCAUCUCUCUUCAAGGCUACCAUACUUUUGUCUAAUCUUGCCAUGGGUGCGUUUGAUUAGCUUCCCCGGGUUGACCCCGCGGUGCUCAUCCGGGUGAGCCCCUGACAAGAGCUAAUCGA